AUGCCAGAUAAACAAUUCACAACUUUAACAUAUGCCGCGGGCGCCUCUCUAGCUGCAAUUACACUCGUCUAUGUAUUUGCGCCAACCUUCCUAAUGGACGAACAAAACUCGUCAUCUAACACGAGGAAGAAAGGAGUGGUAGGCUUGGUCAAUACUGCCAAUGAUUGUUUUAUAAAUUCAGUACUCCAGGCCCUUGCUGGUUUGGGCGACCUACGCAUAUAUUUGAUUCGGGAAACGCAUAGAAGGGACUUGGAUCAUUCAGAGGUAUACAGUCGAAUUGUGGAGGACCCGGCGCGGCAGGGUUUACCAGCAUGGAAAAUCGAAGGUCUACAAAAGGGCUUAGUUACCACGGGACUGAAAGAUAUUUUGGACGCAUUGAACGAGAGACCUUUAUACAAGAAAACGAUAUCUGCUGGGCCAUUUGUAACUGCACUGGAAGCGGCUUUUAAACAGAGGAUUAGCCGGCAGCAACAGGACGCGCAGGAGUUUUUGCAAGUAGUGGCCGAGAGAUUAAACGACGAGUAUCAUGCAGGUCACAGGGCGAGAAACCAUGCAAGGGAUUUGGAGGCUGCCACUGCAGAGUCGCACACUUCAAAAGAGGGAACCGUGAACGAAGAGUUGGGCCAGCUUAGUUUGAAUGAGAGCACCCUGCCCGAGACCAGCUCUCCUGCGACAAAAGCGCCAUCAGAUUCUUCUCAUAACUCAGAAAAGGCAAGCUCAACUUUGUCAAGGUCGCCCCAAGAAGGUGGAGAAUUUAAUAGUGAAGUUGACAAGGAAGAUGGGUUCCCUUUCGAAGGUGGUUCUGAGUCACAAAUUGAAUGUUUAACCUGUGGUUUUAAACCAAGGCCUACACAGACAACAUUCUGUUCCCUUACAUUGACUGUUCCUCAGGCCACAUCUACCACAUUAAAUGCAUGCUUUGACGGAAUGUUUAAAACGGAAUAUAUUGAGGACUUCAAAUGCGAGAAGUGUAGAUUAUUACAUGCCUUGGAAACCUUCGAACAAGAAUAUUCUCAAUCGAAUUCUCAAAAAUUUAAGGAGAAAACUCAAAUAGCAAUCGACAAACUAAAGGCUGCUAUAGAGACAAACCCGGAAGAGGAGCUUCUCGAUGUUGAACUACCAGAUUCGAGAUUUGCUCCGAAGCGAAAAAUCGCCAAACAUGUCCGUAUUACCAAAUUCCCAAAAGUCAUGGCGAUUCAUCUGUCGAGGUCAAUCUUCGACUCCAGCUCAACGACAAUGAAGAAUUCUGCCAAGGUGGCAUUCCCUGAACAGCUCCCACUUGGAGGUUUAUUGAACCGACGAAAGUACAAGCUUCUUAGUCUAGUCUGUCACAAGGGAAGCCACCAUAGUGGACACUAUGAAUCUUUCCGGAGACAAAAUAUUGUUGCUCCAUUUUCAACUCCAAAUACUUUCCAGCCAUCAGUGGCGUAUGCCAGAUCUUCAACGCACACCCCUUCAUUACCCUCAACCCCUCAGACAAGCGCUACUCCAAGGGAUGAUGGUGACAACACUACCCUCUCAUCGACCCCAGAAUUACUGUCCUCAAAGACAGCCUCUACCACAUCUCUUUCAAAUAUAAAUGGGCGCCAUUCGUUAGACUCUUCACUUAAUAAUAAACAUCUUUCUGGCAUUAAUCCAACAUCAGCUAGUUCCAUUGCAUCGUCGUCUAAGACAGCGGGUCCCACAUCAGCUCCCCAAGAUUCCGAUACUGGUAGCAUCCGCUCCUUUGGACGUUCGGCUCGGAAAACUCUGUCCAAAGUUUCCAGUACAAUCAGUCGAUCAUCCCCCGCUUCAUCCUCGCCGAACCUAUCUCCAUCCAAUCCAGAAAUCAGCCGGACAUCUUUGACAGAAACAGUUCGUACUAAGCGGAAAAAGAAGACGGUUGAAAGAUGGUGGAGAAUUAGUGACGAAAAGAUAAAAGAGAGCAAGACUAGUGAGGUUUUGGGCAUGCAAAAGGAGGUUUACAUGUUGUUUUACGAGCUAGAGCGGGGAGAGGAAGAUUCAUAA